CGUCACUUUCCAAGAUGGCGGUAUUUGCGUGGCAGCAUUAUUGUUAACGAACGGAGUGUUGGAGAGAAAAGAGCUAAAACCUGCUGAGAGGAGAAGCCUUUGGAGGACGUUAACUCUGACCGAUAAGGAUGAGUUCUCCAGAGGAGUUGAAACCGGCAGAGGCAGACGAGAGCAGAACUCAUCACUGUCAGAACUGUGGGAAAGGUUUUAGUCGGAUUUGUAGUCUUAGAAGACAUGAACUCACCCACACUGAGGAAGAACUGUAUCACUGUGAACAAUGUGGCAGCAGCUUCAGCCAACUAAAUGCAUACAACCUCCACUUGUAUACCCACCCUGAAGAGACGCUGUACUGCUGUGACCAGUGUGGGAUGGAUUUCAGUGACCAGAGCUCUUACAGGAAACACCUGCGUGACCACACUGGACCAUACCAGUGUGACCAGUGUGAAAAGAGUUUCAGUUACUUCAGCAUUUACAAGAUACACAUGCGAGUCCACACGAAAGAAAAGCCGUACUGCUGUGACCAGUGUCCAAAGAGUUUUAGCUUUUUAAGCUCAUACAAGCGACACCUGCUCAGCCACAGUGGAGAGAAGCCGUACCAGUGUGACUUCUGUGGAAAGAGUUUCACCCAGUCUGGACAUUUUAGUCUGCAUCUACGCAACCACACAGGAGAAAAACCGUUUGAGUGUGAGCAGUGUGACAAGAGUUUCAGUGACUUGAGCAGUUAUAAGAUACACCUUCGUGUCCACACCGGAGAGAAACCUUAUUGCUGUGACCAGUGUGGGAGGAGUUUCUCUCAGUUAGGUAAUUACAAGUCACACAUGCGUAUCCACACCGGAGAAAAACCUUUCCACUGUGAACUAUGUGAGAAAAGUUUCUCUAUCUCAAAAACAUAUAAACAACAUGUGCGCACGCACACAGGAGAAAAACCAUACCAGUGUAAAGAUUGUGGGAAAGGUUUUGGUCGCUUGAGCAACUAUAUGCGCCACCUACGUAUCCAUACAGGAGAGCAACCAUUCAGCUGUGAGCAGUGUGGGAAAUGUUUCAACAGUUCAUACAGUUACAGCCGUCACCUGCGAGUCCACACCGGGGAGAAACCUUACUGGUGUUCACAGUGUAAGAGGCUGUUCACACGCUCACAGUCUUUAAAGAAACACCGCUGCGUUGAGGUAGAUGAAGAAAGUUUAUCUGUGUGCACCAAAGAAGAACAAAUUAGUUGCUCAUUAACAGAAUCUACAAGUGACAACCAGUAAUAACUAACAAAAAAGAACUACAGUCCUUGUCUUCAUGGUAAUGGAGAGACAUGACUGGGUUAAAUCAUACCUCUCUCUCAGUUCAUCCAACUCAAAUCUUUCAAAUCCCAGCUAUUUCCAGUCACUACUCGUGUUCCCCAGGGUUCUGCCCUGGGGGCCCUUCUGUUUACCCUCUACUUACUUCCACAUGGCCAUAUCAUCUGUAAAUUUGACAUAAAUUUCCAUUGCUUUGUGGAUGACACCCAGCGCUACCUUUCCACCAAACCUACCUCCAUCCUCCCGCCUACGUCCCGCUCUGAUUGCCUACAGGAAAUCAAAUCCUGGUUCUCCUGCAAAUUCCUCAACUCAACAGUGAUAAAACCGAGGUUCUCCUUAUUGGCACCUAAUCCACCUUAUCAAAAUCAGACAGUUUUUCCUUCACAAUUGAUAAUUCUUUAGUUUCUCCCUCCCCUCAGGUUAAGAGUCUGGGUGUCAUCCUUGACAGCACAAAAUCUUUCCAAGCUCGCAUGAAUAAUGGUACCCGGUCCGCAUACUUCCAUCUAUGUAACAUUAACAGCGCCGCCAGUCUUGUUCACACCCUGGCAACAUCCCGCAUUGAUUACUGUAACUUCUUCUUUUAGGUCUCCCUCACAAAUUACUUCAUAAACUUCCUUCAUAAACUUCAACUAGUCCAGAACUCUGCCGCUCGCAUAAUUUCCAGAACCCCCUUCUUUAAUCACAUCACUCCUGUCCUUCAGCAACUUCAUUGGCUCCCGGACAAAUACCACAAUGUUUUUAAGAUUCUGCUCCUCACUUUAAGGCCAUCCAUAAUCUCGCUCCUCUAUACCUUUCCGAUCUACUGCACUUCUUCAUCCAUCCACCUCACUGUACCACCUGCAAGCUUGACCACCAUGGAAUCUAGAGCCUUUAGCCGCUCUGCUCCCCACCUCUGGAACUCCCUCCCACCAGACAUCCGUGAUAUUGACUUCUCGCUGCAUAUUCAAAUCCUGUCUCAAAACCCAACUUUUUAAACUGGCAGAUUCAGUUUGAUUAUUUUCCAUUUGGCCAACCUACAUAAUGUCUUAUUCACUGUUCAUUUUAUUGAACUUUUUGAUACAUUGUUUUUUGUUCUGUUUUUAUCUCUGCCUUGUAAGGUGACCUUGAGUGCUGUGAAAGGCGCCUAGAAAUAAAAUGUAUUAUUAUGAUUUAUAACUUACUUACACUAAGAAAAUAACCAGACUUAAUACUAACCAUGUUUCUUUUCUGCUGUCUGACUUAAAUAGGCAACAGAGAUGAAGACAAUGUACAAAGUGUGAUGUUUUUAAAGGGUAGCCUAACACUAAAUUCACUUUUUGAGUUGCUGUACAUAAUGUACAGUCAUUAUAUUGCACCUAUUGCACCUCUAUUGAUGCUGAUCUCUUAUUAUAGGGUUUGUUGCAAUGGAAAAUGUUUUUGUUUUUCAAGAGGGAAAUACAGCAAUUCUGUCUACAGCAUACUGUAGUGAUUAUCAUUGGAUGAAGCUAAUCAGAAUAUGUAUACAUCUUUUUGAUGUCUUGUUCUGGUUUCAAUAUAUUAACCAAUGAAACUUGAAAGGGUGUGGCUCAGUACAUAAAUAUACCAAAGUUAUCUGUUGAGCCACUCGUCAUAAACCACAGAAAUACCUGAAACCUACUCUUAACAUUAAAUUUAAAUCUACAACUAAGGGUCGCUACACACGCCAAAACUGGCAUCUCUUAACAUAGUGUGACUGUAAAUCAUAUAUUGUUAAAUAUAUUAUAUAACAAAGUUGAACAUGUGUAGAACUCAAUAGAGUCACUGUCAGUUUUAAACAUCAAUAAAUUACAAAAUAAUUUAAUUAUCUUUAAAUUGUCCAGUAGGGGGCUUUUUCCUACUAGCUCUGCUUAAACGUAAAGAUAAGUGCAUAUAUUUGUAAAAUGGAUCUCCUGCCACUGCAUGAAGUUUGCAGUAAGUAAAUCCUAACUUAUUCAGUUUGUUCUCAACCUUGGUCUAACGUUGAUAAAGUAAUAAAUGGAUUUACAUGUACAGUGGAUGAAUGUUGUGUCAGUGGAAUAUUUGCUCUAAGUGUUGCAAACUAAUCAGAAUUCAACUGAAGUGACUUUGCUUGUUUUUGUAAAAUGAAAACUGCUCAUUGCUUGUAACAGCUUUAAUUCUGGCUGAUUGAGCUGCUUCCUUCCAGAGAUUGCUGCUGACAACUAUAUUUAUAAUUUCGUUGGCUUUUUUUUGUUUUCACUGUUCCAAACUGUAUAAUGUACCAAUGUAGAAGAGAAUGGAUAGUUAUGACAAGAUAUCUUCAACAAAUUAAAGCUAUUAUGUGUA